AUGGGAGCGACAAGGAAGCUUCAAGGAGAAAUUGACCGGGUGCUUAAGAAGGUUCAAGAAGGGGUAGAAAUCUUCGACGGCAUAUGGAAUAAGGUGUACGACACGGAGAACCUGAACCAGAAGGAGAAGUUCGAGGCGGACUUGAAGAAAGAGAUCAAGAAGCUGCAGCGGUACCGUGACCAGAUCAAGACAUGGAUCCAGUCCAGCGAAAUCAAGGACAAAAAGGCGUUGCUGGAUGCGCGGAAGCUGAUAGAGCGGGAGAUGGAGCGGUUCAAAGUGUGCGAGAAAGAGACCAAAACGAAGGCCUUCAGUAAAGAGGGGCUUGGUCAACAGCCAAAGACGGACCCGAGGGAAAAGGCCAAGUCGGAGUCUCGUGACUGGUUGAAUCAGAUGGUGAGCGAGUUGGAGUCGCAGAUUGACGGGUUUGAGAGCGAGAUGGAGGGGCUGCAAGUCAAGCGGGGCAAGCAACGCCCGCCACGCCUGAUGCAUCUGGAGGAAUCAAUCACGCGGCACAAGGCGCACAUCACGCGCCUGGAGAUGAUUCUACGGCUUAUGGACAACGAUGAGCUGAGCCCCGAACAGGUCACGGACGUCAAAGACCUCGUAGAGGACUACGUUGAGAGGAACCAGGACGACUUUGAGGAGUUCUGUGAGCCGGACGAUCUGUACGAGUCGCUGCCGCUGGAGAAGAUGGACGCACUCGAGUCGCUGGAGUCCGUGCCCAUCGUGCCGCAGGCCAUUGUGGUCAAGGAGAAGGCUGCUGUCGCUGCUGCCUCGGGCCUCGCCCUGCCCAAGUCUAUUCUCACCGCCUCCUCCCUGCCGAAAUCGGGACCAUCAGGAACACUCGCGCACCCCUCACCCCCAUCCGAGCCAUGGCUUCAGGCUCGGCAGGAGGUCCGGCAGCCAGUGCAGCUUCGGCUUCAGCAGCUGCAAAGGCCUAGGUCCAUCACUUCUCCUCCUCCGCCGUUUGCCGUUUCUGGGGCUGCCACACCUGCCGCUGCCGGACCUGCAGGUUCGGCCGUGCCUAGCUACUCCCACGCUGCAGCUGGCGGGGUGCAGCAGCAAGCAGGUGAAGCAGCCACAGCAGCAGCAGGGGCAGGGCUGUUGCCUGGAGUCGGGGUGGCUGCUGGUCAGUCUGUUUCAGGGAGUAUCAACGGAGCUGUGGUUGGUGUUAAUGGCACUAAUGGACUGGCAACAAGACCUCCCUUGCUCUCUAUGGGCUCUUCUCCCGUCCCUCCCUCUACCCUUGCUUCUGGUCCCACGCAAUCCAGUGCAGUGAUGUCCACUGGCCUAGCUCCGGGCGGCCUCGUUCGUCCGUUUGCAGCCGCAGCAGGUGGGGCACCAGGUGCCUCGUCAGGUGCUGCUGAUGCCACAGCCGCAGCAACGGCUACACCAGGCUCGUCCAUCCUGUCAUCUGGCCUUCCCGGAGCAGCAGGCUCGGCGGCAGGCCUCGGAGUCGGUUCGGUGGGAGGUUUGGCGCCGCCAGGUUCGGCAGGCACAGGAAUGAUGAUGCCAGGCGUAGGCGGCGUGGGAGGGGUGGGACAGGGAGGGGUGGGAGCAGGGCUGGGAGCAGCAGCAGCGAAUGUGCUGAGCGCCCAGCAGAGGAUGUUCAAUGCGGUGGGGGCACAGUGGAGACCGGGCCUUCCCAGUUCAGCGGCUUUCCAGCAGCUGCAGGGAGGCGUGGCUGCUGCUGAUGGCUCUGGCGGGCUGUCUGCUCUCCCUGCUGGGGUGCGCUUCCCUCCUGGGUUUCAACGCACUGAAAUUGCGCCGGACCAGAAGCAGAGGUACAUCACCCGGUUUCAACAGGUGCAGCAGCAGGGGGUCACCGCUGCUGUCAUGGCUGCCGCUGCUGCCGCCGCCGCUGCUGGCGCAGGCUCGGCAGCAGGUUCGGGAGCAUCCCUUGCUGGUUCGACGUCGGCAGGGAACUUGGCAUCUCCGUUGCUGGCCAUGCAGCAACAUCCUGUGCAACAGCAGCAGCAGCAGCAGCAGCAGCAGCAAAUGGGGCACAUGGCAGGAGCAGGGGCAGUAGGCCCCUCUAUGCUGCCCUCUGCCGCCCAAUCCUCCUUCCCCCAACCAUCCUCCUCUGCCCCACCAACCACCACCGCCUCUCUCCCUGCAAAUGCCCUCUCGUCCGCCACAGCUGCUGCUACAGCCGCCGGAGCCGGUGCUUUUGCUGGUGCAUCGCUCUCAGCACCAGGGGUCAUCGGAAGAAAGCAGGGGGGUGCGGGGAUGGGCGACGCAGGGCCGAUCAGCGACCCCAUGUCUCUAGCCGCUGCUGCUGGUUCUGGCAACGCAACUGGAGCAGGAGGAGCAGCAGCAGGAGCGGGAGCAGUGGGAGCAGUGGGGGCAGUGGGAGCGGGAGGGGGGGGGCAAGGAGGAGGAGGAGGAGGAGGAGGAGGAGGAGGAGGAGCAGUAGCAGCAGGGGCACCGGUGGAUCAUGCACUGAAUCUGGCUCUGCUGGAUUCGUCCUUUGGAAACUUGCCACAGCCCAAGGACUCGGAACGACCCAGGGCCUACAUUCCGCGGAACCCUGCCAUCACGCCUGCCAGCUACCCGCAGGCGCCAGCAGCAGUGUUGGAGCACCCAGGGCUGUGGGAGCGGCUGGACAUGGACGUGCUCUUCUUCGCCUUCUACCACCAGCAGGGCACGUACCAGCAAUACUUGGCCGCGCGGGAGCUGAAGAAGCAGUCAUGGCGCUACCACAAGAAGUACAACACGUGGUUCCAGCGGCACGAGGAGCCCAAGCUCACCACUGACGACUAUGAGCAGGGCACCUACGUGUACUUUGACUUCCACAUCGUGCAUGACGACUAUCAGACCGGAUGGUGUCAACGGAUCAAGACGGAGUUUACAUUUGAGUACAGCUACUUGGAGGAUGAGCUGCCUGCUGCUUAA